AUGGCCGCUCGCGUAGACUACAACGCGCUGAAGGCACGGACACUUGGGUCAGGUGAAGACGAGGAGGCCGUAACUGUGAACACAAGAGCUUUGAUAGACAAAGUUCUUGCAAGAUACUCCGGAGAAUGGACCGUACUUCGAGAACUACUACAAAACGCAGCUGACGCUGGCGCCACCAAAGUGACAAUCAAAUUUGAGACAUAUCCUUCCGCUACGGUACCACUGCCCCAGACUGGAAGCGCUUCUGAUCUUCUGAAGCAUGUUGUUACAAACCACACAGUGAACCGAUUGUUGGUGACCAACGAUGGUCAGCCGUUCAACGACAAUGACUGGUCACGAUUGAAGCGCAUUGCUGAAGGAAAUCCUGACGAAACUAAGAUAGGAGCAUUUGGAGUUGGAUUCUAUAGUGUCUUUGCCGACUGUGAAGAACCAUUUAUUUCAUCUGGAAAAGAAGCCAUGGCAUUUUAUUGGAAGGGGAAUUCCCUAUUCACACGACGACUGCAACUUUCCAAGUCAGACUCGAGCAAAGAUACCAGUUUUGUUCUCGACUAUCGGAAUACAACGUCUGCUGUGCCUCCUCUGCUGCAAGUGUCACAGUUCCUCGCCAGCAGUUUGACGUUUGUCGGCAUCCAAAAUCUAGAGCUCUGGUUAGAUAACCAUAACAUUCUUACUCUAUCGAAAAAGACUGCCCCCAGUUCGACGGUUGAGAUUCCCCAUGAUAUUGAAACCAAAACUAGCGAGGGUUUAAUGAAGAUAAAAAGUGUAAUGCAGGAAGUUUCUCAGAUUGAUGGUAGUUGGAUGGACAUUGUUGGUUGGAGGGUGCCACGAUCAGGCGCCUCAAACUUUGACAGCUUUAGAAACAACGACCAGGCACCUGCCAUGCGGACCUUUUUUUCGCGGUUGACUCGAGCGUCAGCAUCCAAAGAAGAUGUAUCUUCGCGGACGGCGAAGUCUCGAAACGAUACAGUAGAGAAGAAUCUGACAUCACGAUCAUCGACAGUGAUCUUUCUAAACGUUAACACGGCGACUAUUGAAACAUUCACAAGUCGUUCGUUCAAGGACGAACUGGAAAGAGCCACGAAGAAACCACCGCCAAAGACGACGAAGCUGGCGAUUCUGACCUCUCCGCAUAUACCAGAAGCCGAUGUGAACGACUCUAGCUCUGGGAAAGCGGCUUCGGCUGAUGUUUUCGCCAGUAUCUUGCCCACAAGGUCAGGACGCAUAUUUAUAGGGUUUCCUACCCACCAAACUACUGGCUUGAGAGCGCACAUUUCGGCUCCCUCUGUGAUACCAACAGUUGAGAGAGAAAGCAUCGACCUCAAUGCUCGGUGGGUCCGGACUUGGAAUAUGGAGAUGCUUAGGGCGGCUGGUAUCGUAUGCCGGAUUGCAUUCUCCUCAGAAAUGACCACUCUAAAUAGCGAUAUUCAAAGGUCUCUUGCGAAAUCGGGUAAAUCCAAAGUGAGAGUAGAUGAUAUUCAGGCUUCCCUCCCAGCCGCAGUAAAUACAGCGAGGACUUUUUCUUUCCAGGAGUCUACUCCAUCUGCUCAGACCGGUCAAAUUAUCGAGGACGCAUUCUGGACAUGCAACUACAAGGCUUCGAUCGACGUUCUAUCUACUUGUGGCGUGCUUCCAAACCAUGAAGUACGCAUUGCGCCAAAAAAUCUGAGCUUUAUGGAAGGCAUUCCGGCGCUUCCUGAGCAACUAGUCUCAGACGCCAAGACGUUCGUCGAUCGUCUCAUCGACUACGGCCUUAUCACAGAGGUUACGGUCUCUGAUAUCAAGAGUGCGCUUGAGAGGAGCGCACUCUCAGCUCAGCAUGUUCACGAAUUCCUGGUUUGGCUAGGUGAGCAGUCAAAAAGUGGCAAACUUGAUAAGAACACGGUCAAGAAUCUAUUGUCUGUUGCAGUAGCCAAUGAAGAGACAUCCGACGGGAAAUCGAGUCAAGUAAUCGUCCUUGGUAGCAUGAAGGCCUUUUUAAACCCAACCAAAAUACCAGCAGAACUGCCUGUGCCGUCAUGGACUAUGCCCUUCAGGUACACGAGGCAUUUAUCCAGGGCCGACCUAGAAGGGUAUGGUUGGGAAGAAUUGCAGAUUGUGCCCUGGCUAAAGUGGCUCCUCGAAGAGGCCGGCAACCGGAACACACUGUCUGCUAAUCAAGAUCUCACUCAAUCAUCACAAUUUGCUGCUCAGGUCUUGCCUGUGCUGUCAAAGCAAUGGGACGUUUUGAGCCAGUCGUCCAAAAGCACAAUUGUUGAACUUCUUGCGCCACAAACAAUAAUUCCAACCAAAUAUGGCAUGCGGAAACCAGGCGACGCAUAUUUCCCCAGUGUCAAGGUCUUUGAUGAUCUUCCAAUAGUUACCGGACUGAACAGUGUAAAGGACAAGAUACUUGUUGCUCUCGGUGUACGGAAGACGUUGGAACUUGGAGUGGUUUUUAGCCGCCUGUUGUCUGACGCAGUCCAACCUGGAGGUGCUAUCACGAACGAGAAAUCGGAAAAGCAACACAUUCGCCUAAUUCAGUAUUUGGCAUCCGUGCGCGAGGAUAUUCCAAGCACUGAUAUCCAGAGACUUCGAGAUACACCAAUAUGCCCGAAGGAAGUGCAGCAGGAACCCCAUAAAUUCUCCGCUGAACGCUACAAAGUUUCCACACUCUAUGAGCCACGGCUACCUCUGCGAGAGUUAGGACUCCCGAUACUGAGCUGGUCAGGACCUUACCGCAGUGGCAGCCCAGAAGGCAAAUUGUUGGUCGUUUUAGGACUGAGGACCACACCCUCUGCUGGUGAGCUCAUUGAAAUUAUGGCUCGAGCAGUGAAGAAGGGUGACGGUACACUUCGCGACAAAGCGAUGGCCUACUUCAUUGCCAAUCAUUACAUCAACAAUUAUGGAGCGUAUGAUUAUUCUCAGGUUACGCUGCCAUUUUUACCGCUACAGUCUUCCGGUAGUCUUAGCACGCCAUCACAUUGCUUCACGGACGAAGGAGCUGCUCUAUUGGGCUUCGAUGUUCUUAGACGAGAGUUGCAGCCACAUGCAGCAAAGUUCGGCGUCAGAAUUCAUCCCCCAAUGGAUGAAUGCAUUGCAGUUCUCCUACGCAAGCCGCCCACGAACAAGAAAGAAGCUAGGACACUGUUUGCCUACUUCUCUGGACGCUUGGGUGAGAUCAAUUCCGCAAAUAUACCGCGUCUAAGCCAGGCCAAAUUUGUCCCUAUCAUCACUUCUAAGGCUCAAAGUGAAAAACCGGCUGCCCCGAGGUAUGUCUCGCCUCAUACAUGUUUCUUGGGAGGAAGCGACAGCUACGGAGAAAUCUUUGAUUUUGUAGACUUCGGACAAGAAGCAAACACCUUUUUGUUAAAAUGCGGCUCUAAACAAGAGCCUACCAAAGUAGAAAUUGCUCAGAUCCUGGUCAAUGAACCGGCGCGCAUCUCCUCGACAUUUCGAGACCCUGAGAGGUAUCUUAACCUGUUGAGAAACCUAGCAGAUGCCUUGCCAGCGCUGAAGAAAGAGAAAGACCUGCUUAAAGCCAUGAAGAGGGCACCGUUUCUCCUAGCUAGCAAGGAUAUUGUCUCUACACCAAUAAUGACGGAUCGAGCUGAUGAGGCGGACGACUUCGAUGAUGAAGAGGUUCAUGGGAUCAAAGAAUGGCAGCUUACAAGCGCGGCAGACGCUAUCAUUGUUGAUGAUUAUCCUAGCUACAAUCUCUUCAGGACAGAUAUUCUGGCGGCACCUCAAGAAACAACAUUGGAAGAUUUCUAUUACAACUUAGGCUCUCCUCUUCUAAGCAGUCUGAUUGAAGAAUCCGCCACCUACGGUUCUCAGGUGCACGACCAGAAAUCAGUUGUCAGGCUACAAAAGCAAAUAUGCGAGCGGUCAAGACUCUUCUUACAUGAUCAGCCACCAGAUGCUAUCAAGCAUGAUUCAAGAUGGCUGGAGAAGAGUUUGAAGGUUAUCGCUGUGUCCUCAAUCAAACUGAGAAGGUCCCUCAGAGGCAGAAAUUUGCAUCAUGUAGAUCGACGCAGUGCCGCCGUCACACGAUCGGGUCGCGACUAUACCCUGUGGAUUUCAGGUAGUAGCAUCGAUUACUACCAAGUCAGCCAGUCCUUGGUCCACCUACUGCUCAAUAGGCCAAAGCUGCACUCUGCCUUGACUCUUGAACUGCUCUUAAAAACCGAGCUUAAAGAGUUAGGGGCGCGUGGAUUUAACGUUUCGAGGAUUCUGCGACAGAAGGCGGCUGAGAAGCGCUUGGCAGAUCAGCAGCAGCAGCUCGAAGAGGAACGCAGGAGAAUCGAGGAUCAGGAGAAGGCUUGGAACGAUUCACAACAGAAACAAGCCAGCGAGCAGGCUAAGGAGCCUGGCAUACCAGGGGGCUUUCCAACGGAGUCUCCACAAGCGAAGAACGGUACACAAAGACUCAGUGAGGUCGAGAAUGACGAGCAGAUCCGCCGGGUGCCGCAAGGAUUGUUUGAAACCUGGAGGAAUAGGCUGGGUCUCAGUGAAGCACCCAAACCUGCAAGGCCUCAAUCUUCUAGCGGUGGCUCCAUACCCACUACCAACCACCAAGCCAUCACCAACGGCGAGGAGCCACCUCCACCUUACUCCCAAGAGAAUAAGCCCGGUCAACAGAAGACCCUUACCGCAAACCCGGUAACCGCGCCCCACCAAAUGCAACAAAACCUCCUCUCCGCCAUCAAGAAGUCCCGGGCCUACAACUCCAACGCCCUCUACUCCCGUGGCGAAACCAACCAAAUCGCCGAAACGCGCUCCUACUGCGACGAAAAGAUGGCGCAGAACCUAACCUUCAUCGCCUCCGGCGCCCACGGCAUCAACAUCUUCCUUUCCACCCAACAACAACAACAACAACAGCUACCGCCGAUCGACCCAUCCACCUUCCUAACCCAGCACUCCACCGGCCUCACCGCCUUCGCCACCCUCCUCAAAGAAGCCGCCUCCGUCUUCGCGCUCGAUCUCUCGAGCCUCAACAUCUUCUACGACAACGGGAAAAGCAUCGCCUUCAACCGCCAGGGCAGCAUCUUCUGUAACUACCUCUAUUUCCAGCAACUGCAUGAGGAGAGGCUGGUCCGCGGGGAUGGCGAUCGCGGCGACGCGCUGCUCUAUUGGUGGGUCACGCUGUGUCAUGAGCUGGCGCAUAAUCUGGUGUCGGAUCAUAGUGCGGAACAUAGUUAUUAUAUUGAGGGCUUUGUCAUGGAGUAUGCGAGGAGGAUGGUUGCGAAGUUGGGGGAGAAGGCGCCGGGAGGGAAGAGGGUGAGGGGCGAGCUGGAUGCGGUUGACUGA